AUGAGUCUCGUAGUCGCUCUCGUAUGUUUACCAUGUGCUGUCAUUCCAGCAGUGAUGUACAUCAAGAAUCUUGAUUACUAUCUUGAACCUCGGACAAAAACUGAUAUUUCUCCUCAAGCAGUUUCCAUACUCAUUCCUGCGAGAAACGAAGCUGCUGGAAUAGCUGAUGCGAUACGAGCCGCUCUCGCCACAUGCGACAUCGAAUUCGAAGUAGUUGUCAUGAACGAUGGAUCGACCGAUGGGACCGAUCGUAUUGUACUCAAUCUCGCCGAAAAUGAUAAACGUGUUCGACUAGAAAACGCUCCAUCGCUUCCCCCUGGUUGGAACGGAAAACAGCACGCAUGCUGGUGCCUUGCUCAGACUGCUCGGAAUCCAAUUCUUUGUUUCGUCGAUGCCGAUGUUCGCUUACGGUCCGACUGUAUUAGUCGGAUGGCUAAUUUUCUUGAUGGUCAAUCACUUGUCAGCGGUUUUCCACAACAAAUCACCGAAACUUUUCUGGAAUGGAUGUUACUUCCGUUAAUACAUUUCCUCUGUCUUGGUUUUCUUCCCAUUUCUCGAAUGAGAACGACAACAGAACCUGAGACAAGUGCUGCCUGUGGUCAAUUCAUAAUGACGCGUGCAGAUGAUUAUUUUACUUGUGGUGGACAUAGCGGCAUCAAGUUAACCAUGCACGAUGGUCUUCGUCUACCGCGACUUUUCCGAACAGCUGGUUUUAAAACCGAUCUCGCUGAUCUUACGAAUUUAGCUAGUUGUCGAAUGUACACGUCUGCCAGUGAAGUGUGGAAUGGACUUGCAAAAAAUGCUACUGAAGGUCUUGGCUCUCCGACAUUGAUUAUUCCUACAACGGCAUUACUUUUUCUCGGACAGGUUCUACCGUUUAUGAAUUUAGGAUCUCUUAUCUAUCAGCAGAUCAAUAAUUCAUCAACUUCUUACUGGUUUCAUUUGUAUUCUACGAUUACUCUGAUUUCUGUCGUUUCUGCUUAUCUACCUCGCAUUCUUGGAAUAACUCGUUUUCGUCAAGACUGGCGUGGAGCAAUUUUACAUCCAUUUGGCAUCGUACUACUUCUAGGAAUACAAUGGUAUGCUUUCGGCCGUAAAAUCAUCGGUUGCAAGACAAGCUGGCGUAACCGAGCGUAUGUAUAA